AUGACUGGAUUUCUGGAUCUUCCAAGGGAGCUUCGAGACUUCGUCUACGCGUUUGCAGCCCGUGACGACGAUCCAGUUCUCAUCUUUUCAAAUAUGUAUCCAAGAAAACUAGUCACAAGCCACGAUAGCACCGCUCUGCUUCUCACUAGCAAGCAAAUCCACGCAGAAUAUAGCGAGAUGUUGAUCAAGAAUGGAUUGGUUGUUAUUGCGUAUGGGAAGGACCGACGAUUCGACAUACUUAACUCAAUUCCUCCAACCGUAGCCCGACGUACGAGAACGCUGAUAGCCAUCGUUGAACUAGAUGGUAUGAGAGCUGAAGGAUGGAAGCUUGACAGCGUUGAAGAGGCCAUUAGUCCAGUGCUAAAGGACGUACUUACGGAUGUCGAAAGCUUGGGGCAAGUGUUCCCAAACCUGCACGGCAUCGAAAUGCAGUGGUGGAAUGAUCUGAGCAUAGCUGGUGAUCGUGAAAGAUCUGGCGAAUGGAUAAACGCGCUGCUUUCUGUCAACCUUGUAAAAAGCUCAGAGCUUUGGCGUGGAUACCUCGGAGGCUGUGCUGACCUGGAUAGUAUGGGGGGAACUCACUUCACUCAGCCGUCAAUUAAUCCAAGACUACACUUCUACUCUCAAAGAUGUAGUAAUACACCUGAGGAUGAAACGCCGGCUCCGCAUUUUAUACUCGUAUUAAAUGGAACAUUAUGA